GACAUGGCAAACAUGGAGCAGUUAGACGCAUUGCUGCAGUCUUUGCAGGCCCUCAAGCCUCCAGGUGCAACCAAAGGAAAAAUCACUGCCAUCACCAAACUCUGCGGAGACGACGUUCAGUCUGAAUCAGCAAUCACGCAGAGGCUCUAUAGACAUCUCAAGAGAACCCCAGGAACUCACAAGCUCGGAGUCCUUUAUGUUGUAGACUCGGUGACCCGUCAAUGGAUUGAAAAGGCUCGUCAAUCAUCGCAGGAACUGUCUGGAAGUGCAGCGCCCGAGGGCACUUUUGCUUCGGGAGUGCACAGGGUCACUGAACUUCUGCCGUCUCUGAUUGACGAUACUAUCCAGAACGCCCCUUCUGACCACAAGGCAAAGGUAGAGAGUUUGGUACAGAUCUGGGAGCGCGGCAACACAUUUCCUGCCUCUACCCUUGCAGAGAUCAAGAAGAAGCUGGCUGAACCGGUGGCUCAAAGUAACUGUUGCCUCGACUACUCCUCCUGGCAGCCCUCCGCUCAGCAUGCUCGUUUCUCUUGGUUUACGACAAGCCCCACCACCCUCAAGCGCACCUCAAGCAGCCCCCGCCGUCCAGGCGCAACCAGAUGCUUCGAGUAUCUUGGCUGCNNUCUCUCACGCCUUCAACCCAUGCCAGCACCAGCUGCUUCAGCUGCACCACCCGCCCCUGCUGCCGUACCCGUCCAAGCUUCUGCACCGGCCCCGCCCACAGAUCUCGCUGCCAUCAUGGCAGGUGCCACUCGAGGCUACCAAGGACAACCUCUACAAGCGCCGCCUACAUCUUAUGGCUACCCUGCCCCACCUACUCAGCAGUCGUACGGCCAGACAUAUCCGCCACCCACACCAGUAGCAGCCAUGCCUCCAGCAUAUCCGCAACAAUAUCAUACUCCUGCUCCUUACCAACAAGCAGCACCUCAGCCUCCCGCCCCGGCCGCCCAGUCGGCCUCUGGUUCAUUCCUACCUGCACACAUCCUCAGUAAUCCACAGAUAUUGCCUAACGUGCUUCAGUUGAUUCAAGGUUUGUCUCAAGAAGGAAUUCCACAAGAGCAAUGGGGAGCCGUCCUCAACGCGCUAUACCCUCCCCCACAACAAGGACCGCCUGUACAGGAUGCAUACCCUCUUCGCUCAGAGGAUCGCGUUCAUUACAGAGACAGAUCGAGGGAUCGUGCCGGCCGCAACCGAAGCCGCUCGCCAGAACCGCCUCGCAACAACAACCCUGGCCGCCGCGCCAGCCCUGUCUAUGGUACUUAUGAUGCUUCUCUUGCCCAGUCUGCUCAGGACCAUGCUUCUUCCCACUCCGAUCGACGUGGAGGCAGAGGCCGUGGCCGCGGUGGUCGCAACGACUACCGCCAGCGUACCCCUCCUUCUGCCCGCACACCUCAGGCAGAUGAGCCUCUUAUUCCCCGCAACAUCAACCCUAAGUGGACAGACAUGGACAACACUAUCCCUCCUGGCCACAUCAAGGUCCUUAGCAGAACACUCUUUGUCGGCGGCGCCAACGGCAACGAAGCCGAGCUACGUGCCAUCUUUGGCCGUUUCGGUCCUGUCCAGACAUGUAUCGCGAACGAAGACAAGCGUCAUGCUUUCGUAAAGAUGUGCAACCGCCAAGAUGCCGUCAAUGCAAAGACCGCCAUGGAGACUACCAGAGAUCCCGACGUAUUGGCUAAGGCUCGCCAGACCAAAUGGGGCGUCGGCUUUGGCCCUCGCGAGUGCUGCGACUACAGUAACGGCGUCAGCGUCAUUCCCAUCGACACCUUGACCGAAGCAGACCAUAAGUGGAUGCUGACCGCCGAAUUUGGUGGUACCGGUGGCCGUCCCAUCGAAAGCGGUCUCGUUGUCGAAGAGCCCGACAUUGAGAUUGGCGCCGGUGUCUCCUCCAAGGCUAUGAGCCGUCGUGUUGGCCCUGAUGGCGGCAGCAAUCGCGGUGGCCGUCGUGGCGGACGUGGAGGCGGCGGACGCUUCAACCAGCCUGAAUCUCACCACGCACCUCGUCCUGAGCCCGUUACCAUUGCACCUCCUCCCCCUGUGCCUGGCUUUGGCUUCAUGGUACCUGGCAUGCCUCAGUUCCGUUAG